AAGCGACACUUAUAAUGUAACCGGAUCCUACAACCUUCAUUGUCCAGGUUUCAUACAAACAAGUAACAACAUUGUUCUUGGUGGCACCAUACUCCCGUCUCUACAUUCGAAGGAAACCAAUUUGAGAUCACCAUAUUAGUAUGGAAGAAUGGGACCUAAGAGAGCUCAAAGAUCUGCUGCCAAACAAAAAGUGGAAGUUCCAACUACCUUAGCUGAGAAUGCAAGCAAUGGAGAGCAAACAGUAAAGUAUAUGAAUGCAAAUGAGCAUGCACAAGUGUUGGUACAAGUGCCAGUUGGUGUUGCUCAAGUAGGAGAUCGUACGGUAGUGAAUGCAACCGUGUUGCAAGGGAUUCGAGACCUGUUUGAAGAAAUUAUUCAAAAGAAUUUUGUGGUUAAUGAUCCCCAAGGAGUCGCGGUAGUCAAGCCAAUGCACAUGCCAGUACCAGUGGAAAUACCUACUUAUUGGGAGAUGUUGAGCCUCAUGAGAGAUUUAGAUAUAGAGACUUUCAAUGGUGGGACAGACCCGGUUAAAGCAUAUAACUGGAGAAAUAUGAUGGAGUCCAAAUUCAAGUCCAUGAGGACCCGAUUCAAGUAUUCGUUAGAGAAGCCUCACCACCCGCUUGACCCACUAACGUCACAUGAAAUAAAGAGAGUCCGAACCAUUCUCUCCGGUCAUGAUCCGGGUUUCGGGUCUGGGUCAUCGAUCAUUAACGCCAUGGCUCUCGACGAGCCUGAGAAGCAACGUAUCGUCCGGUGGAAGAAAGGUGAUCGUCACCCACCGCGAAGAGCGGAGGUUCUUGCAAUGUCUAACGGAGAAAGUCACGUGCUCACGGUGGAUCUUAAAUCGGGUCGGGUUGUUUCCGAUUUGGUCAACCCGACUUUUGGGUACCCGAUUCUUACCAUGAAUGACAUCGUUGCUGCCUCGCAGGUUCCUUUCAAGAGCGUGGAGUUCAAUCGCUCAAUCGAGGCUCGUGGGAUUCUGUUCUCUGAUUUGAUAUGUAUAACACCUUCUGCUGGGUGGUUUGGACCGGACGAAGAAGGACGGAGAGUCAUAAAGAUCCAAUGUUUUUCAAAGAAAGACACCGUCAAUUUCUACAUGAGACCCAUUGAAGGACUAUAUCUAACGGUCGAUAUGGACAAAUUAGAAAUCAUCAAGAUUGUUGACAAUGGCCCGGUUCCAGUCCCCAAGUCUACCGGUACAGAAUAUAGACAUGGAUUUUUGAAUGAAACAGUACAUAUAGACCGCGUCAACCCAAUGUCGAUGGAGCAGCCAGACGGUCCAAGUUUCAAGGUUGAAGAUGGGUACUUGGUUAAGUGGGCGAAUUGGAAUUUUCAUAUUAAACCGGACCAACGUGCUGGUAUGAUCAUCUCACAGGCUUCAGUUCGUGAUUCCAAGACAGGUGAAGCAAGAAGUGUGAUGUACAAAGGUUUUGCGUCGGAGUUGUACGUACCAUACAUGGACCCAGAGGAAGGUUGGUACUCCAAAGCUUUUAUGGAUGCUGGAGAGUUUGGUUUAGGACCUACUUCAAUGCCGCUUGUGCCGCUCAAUGACUGUCCUCGAAACGCUUACUACAUUGACGGUAUCUUCGCUUCUCCUAAAGGCGAUCCCAUCCUUCAGCCUAACAUGAUCUGCUUGUUUGAACGCUACGCCGGCGACACUAGCUGGCGACACUCUGAGAUUCUUCUCCCUGGUACAAAUAUAAGAGAGUCAAGGGCAAAGGUGACAUUGGUGGCUAGAAUGGCGUGUUCGGUUGGGAACUAUGAUUAUACGUUUGAUUGGGAGUUUCAAAUGGAUGGUUUGAUUCGCGUUACGGUCGCAGCCUCAGGGAUGUUGAUGGUGAAAGGGACGCCUUACACAAACGUACAAGACUUGGGUGAGAAAGAAGCUGAUUCUGGACCUUUGAUCUCAGAAAAUGUUAUAGGAGUCGUCCAUGAUCAUUUCAUAACGUUUCAUCUAGACAUAGACAUUGACGAGCCCGCCAACAACUCCUUCGUCAAGGUUCAUCUAGAGAAGCAGAGACUUCCGCCUGGUGAAUCAAGGAGAAAGAGUUACUUGAAGGUCAAGAAAUAUCUAGCCAAGACUGAGAAAGAUGCUCAGAUCAAGUUGAGCAUGUACGACCCCUACGAGUUCCAUCUUGUGAACCCUACUCGUCGAUCUCGUUUAGGGAACCCGGCUGGUUACAAGCUUGUACCUGGUGCUAAUGCUGCUAGUUUGCUUGAUCAUGAUGAUCCGCCACAAAUUAGAGGGGCUUUCACAAACAACCAGAUAUGGGUGACACGGUAUAACCGGUCAGAACAAUGGGCUGGUGGCCUUUUGAUGUACCAGAGCCGUGGUGAAGACACGCUACAAGUUUGGUCGAACCGGGAUCGUUCGAUUGAGAAAGAGGACAUAGUGUUGUGGUAUACAUUAGGGUUCCAUCACGUACCGUGCCAAGAAGACUUUCCGAUUAUGCCAACGAUAGCAGCCAGCUUUGAACUUAAACCGGUUAAUUUCUUUGAAUCAAACCCGAUUCUUGGGAUCACACCUUUCUUCGAGAAAGACUUGCAAGUCUGUUGACUACAUGUUUCGUCUAACUCGGACACCUUGGAUUUUAAAUGUCAUUAUUUAGACUUUUGCAAUCAAAUAAUCUUGUUAUAUAGCUGUUUAGCUAAGAUAGCUAGAAUCAUAGUCACAAUAGGCCACAAAUACUCUCUCAUUUAUCUUUUGACCUAAGAUUUUCUUGAUAGGUAGGGUGUUUACCUUUAAUCAUGGUUAAGAAAAUGAACAGAAAUUUCAGUA